CAACCAGCACUCCCCCAACUCUCCCUGCUUCCUCCGCCGGCAUCCAACCAACACUCCCCCAACUCUCCCUGCUUCCUCCCCAGGCCAUUCGUCUGCCGCUGCCCUUGCUCCCAGACAGCGCCGCCUUCGCUCCCGGACGCAGCUGAACCCAUUCUCGUCCCCGGUAUGGCUCCUGUCCGCCGCCGCCGCCCUGUUUCCUUCGUGGCCGCCGCUAACCCCGUUCCCGCCGUGGAUGUCGCUCUCAAUCCCGCCUGUCUACGGUGACUGCGGCUGCCGGGUUGGGGCCCCUGCUCACCAACAAUCCACGCUGCUUGAUCUCCAUGGCUGCAUAGCCAACCAAGCACACUUCCCAGGCACCACUGCACCAGGCAACCCACGCGAUAGAAUCCACCCCUAAAUGCUCUUCUGCCCCCACUGUGGUUCAGCUAUCCUAUGAUUCCACCCAGAACGAGAAUAUUUUCUUCAUACAUUUGCUGUUGCUAUUAAUCCAGAGUCAAAGUCAAGAGCAACAAAUAGGGAAGUUCUUAAUGAGCUCAUCAAGUUGCAUGGGAAGACAUCUCUGGGCGGCAAACUGCCUGCCUACGAUGGAAGGAAGAGUCUUUAUACUGCAGGUUCACUUCCUUUUGAAUCACAGGAAUUUGUGGUUACACUGGUUGAUCUGGAAAAGAAGGAUAAAGAAAGGGCUGAGAGAGAGUACAAGAUCACAAUUCGAAUUGCUGGGAGAACAGACUUGUACCACCUUCAGCAGUUUCUGCGUGGAAGACAGAGGGAUAUGCCUCAAGAGACCAUACAAGUACUUGAUGUUGUCCUCAGGGAGUCGCCAUCUUGGAACUAUGUUACAGUGUCCAGAUCCUUUUUCUCUACUACUUUUGGUCACAGAGGAGACAUUGGUGAGGGGCUUGAGUGUUGGAGAGGUUACUACCAGAGCCUGCGCCCAACACAAAUGGGGCUUUCGCUGAAUAUAGAUAUAUCUGCAACAUCCUUUUUUAAGUCUGUGACAGUGAUAAAAUUUUUGGAGGAGUUCCUGGGCAUACGUGAUAAGUCACGGCCUUUGUCAGACAGGGACCGUGUGAAGAUAAAGAAAGCAUUAAGGGGAGUUCGCAUUGAAACAAGCCACCAAGAGGACCAAAUCAGAAGAUACAAGAUAACAGGGAUUACUCCAAUCCCUAUGAGCCAUCUGGUAUUUCCUGUUGAUGAAAAGGGAACGAAGAAGACUGUUGUGCAGUACUUUUGGGACAAAUACAACUACAGAUUACAGUAUGCUUCUUGGCCCUGUCUUCAGGCUGGCAGUGAUUCUCGUCCUGUAUUUCUUCCUAUGGAGGUUUGCAAGAUUGUAGAAGGGCAAAGAUACUCUAAGAAGCUUAAUGACAGACAAGUGACAAACAUACUUAGAGCAACUUGUAAACGUCCACAGGAGAGGGAGCAGAGCAUCCGUGAUAUGGUUCUGCACAACAACUAUGCAGAGGAUAGGUUUGCUCAGGAGUUUGGCAUCGAGGUCAGCAGCGAUCUAGUGUCUGUUCCAGCCCGUGUGCUGCCUCCACCCUUGUUGAAAUACCAUGACUCUGGUAGGGAGAAAAUUUGUGCGCCAAGUGUUGGACAAUGGAACAUGAUUAAUAAGAAAAUGAUUAAUGGAGGAACUGUGGAUAACUGGACUUGUUUGAAUUUUUCACGUAUGCGCCCUGAGGAGGUACAGAGAUUCUGUAUGGAUCUUAUCCAUAUGUGCAAUGCCACUGGAAUGGCUGUCAAUCCAAUUCCAUUUGUUGAAGUCAAGUCAGCUGCUCCUAACCAUAUAGAGAAUGCUUUGAGGGAUGUACACAGGAGGGCAGCACAAAUGCUUGCCAAACAGGGAAUGGGAAACCAACUACAGCUUCUAAUUGUAAUUCUGCCUGACGUUAGUGGUUCUUACGGGAAGAUUAAAAGAAUUUGUGAGACAGACAUUGGAAUCAUAUCUCAAUGUUGCUUGCCAAAGCAUGCUAGCAGGCCAAACAAGCAGUAUCUGGAAAAUGUUGCACUCAAAAUCAAUGUCAAGCAGGUUGGAGGGCGCAACACUGUUCUUGAGCAAGCCUUUGUACGCAAUGGUAUACCAUUUGUGUCAGAAGUCCCAACAAUCAUCUUUGGUGCUGAUGUCACACACCCCCCACCGGGAGAGGACUCUGCAUCAUCCAUUGCUGCUGUGGUGGCAUCAAUGGAUUGGCCAGAAAUCACCAAGUACAGAGGUCUUGUUUCUGCUCAACCACACCGACAAGAGAUAAUAGAAGAUCUCUUUACUGUCAGUAAAGAUCCACAGAAGGGACAUAAUGUAAAUAGUGGCAUGAUCAGGGAGCUACUGAUUGCUUUCCGUAGGAAGACAAACCGAAGGCCUGAGAGGAUAAUAUUCUAUAGGGAUGGUGUAAGUGAGGGUCAAUUCAGCCACGUUCUGCUUCAUGAAAUGGAUGCCAUCAGAAAGGCUUGUGCCUCUUUGGAGGAGGGAUAUCUACCUCCAGUCACGUUUGUUGUUGUCCAGAAAAGGCAUCAUACAAGGCUUUUUACUGAGGUUCAUGGAAGACGUGAUAUGACUGACAAAAGUGGAAACAUUCUUCCUGGAACUGUGGUUGAUCAAAAAAUUUGCCAUCCUACUGAGUUUGAUUUCUACCUGUGUAGUCAUGCUGGCAUCCAGGGAACGAGCAGGCCCACCCAUUACCAUGUCCUUUACGAUGAGAAUCAUUUCACAGCUGAUGCACUCCAGUCACUGACCAACAAUCUUUGCUACACCUAUGCUCGUUGCACCCGUGCAGUGUCAGUGGUCCCACCAGCCUACUAUGCUCACCUUGCUGCAUUCCGUGCACGCUACUAUGUGGAAGGAGAAAGCUCAGACGGUGGCUCAACCCCUGGCAGCAGCGGGCAGGCGGUAGCCCGCGAGGGGCCUGUGGAGGUGCGCCAACUUCCAAAGAUCAAGGACAAUGUCAAGGACGUUAUGUUCUACUGCUGAGCUGCUCCAUGUUUGGCAUACAAGCUUUCUUUUUGCUGGACGAUGAGGUGUUCUCUUUUUUGGUAGGGGUAAUGAGAUGUUGGUGAGAGCUGGUUGAUGGUUCUGGUAGUUUUUUGAUAUUGUCUUGUCUCGAAUUUGGAGCUGUUUGCUCAUAGUUUCUUCCGUUAUUCGUAGUAGCCAGGUUAUGACUGAGCUUUUUGGUCUUUAAGGUCUUGAAACUCUGUUUGAAUGGAACCAAUGCAGGUACAGUUUAAGGUUAUGUUCGUGGUAGUUUGCUAUUUCCUCUUUUGUUGUAUGUCUGUCUUGUUGCUUUGUUCUGCUUGACAUGUUUUUCUGGAGAAAUCCCAUGAAUGUUUAGGCUUCAUUUUGACUGCAUCAAUAUUGAUCUAUUUGGUUCUGGGCAUUGGGUGGUCAUGUCCUUGUGCAACUGCUUGGUCCACAUUUGGCAUUUUACGCUCCUUUCAUUAUUUUUUUUUUGGGAAUCUUUGGGUCUUCUUCACUGAUCGCUUUGAUUUGGAACGUACUUGUUGAACUUUUUCAUUUGGUUCUUUGUCAGAUCUCUUGUUGGUGCAACACACAGCUUC